AUGGUUCUAUUGUUAAUUGUUUUAUACGUGUAAAAAUAAGGUCUCACCAAAAUAAACCCAAGCCCACGAACAUUGGAACCAAUGAUUCCAAUGAGCAAAGACUCAAGUGUGUAACGAUCCAGUAACCCACUAAUUAAUUGAAAUCAUGGCGGCAACAUUGCGUUAUCGUGGCAACAAGAAUAACCUUGUGGAAAUUGCUAAGACUCUCGAUGCCUUCAAGAAGGUGCCGGAGAAAUACACCGAGACCACAGAAAUAGGAGGAACAUUAUCGCUGAUAAGCCGCUUGCUGAUCAUAUAUUUAAUAUAUAGAGAGAUACAAUACUAUCAGGAUGCAAAACUUAAAUAUCAAUUUGAACCCGAUACCGAAACGGAGAAGGUACAAAUGCACGUCGAUAUAACAGUAGCUAUGCCUUGUAGUUCUCUAUCAGGUGUAGACCUCAUGGAUGAAACUCAACAAGAUGUCUUUGCCUAUGGUACUUUACAGCGUGAGGAUGUGUGGUGGAAAUUGGAACCUGAAGAACGUGAGGAAUUUGAACGGCAACAACACCUAAAUCAUUUUCUGCGUGAACAGUAUCAUUCUGUGGCUGAUGUACUUUUUAAGGAUAUCAUUAAGACAAGUGAACUUAAUCAUCCCCAAAAAGAGUCUAAGCGUCCCUCAUCGCCACAUGAAAAGUAUGAUGCAUGUCGAUUGCAUGGCACAUUGGGUAUACACAAAGUAGCGGGUGUUUUACAUAUGGUUGGUGGAGCUCAACCCGUAGUGGAUAUGAUUGGCGAUCAUUUGAUGAUAGGAUUUCGUCGUUUGCCUUCGAAUUUUACCCACCGUAUUAAUCGCUUGAGUUUUGGCCAAUAUGCCAAACGUAUAAUUCAACCUCUAGAGGGUGAUGAGACACUGGUCCCAAAUGAGCAGACUAGAGUUCAGUAUUUUUUGAAUAUAGUACCCACUGAGAUACACAACACAUUCUCGACCAUAAAUACAUAUCAAUAUUCUGUGACGGAAAAUAUACGUGUAUUGGAUGGCGAUGGCAGCUCAUAUGGAUCGCCUGGCAUUUACUUCAAAUACGACUGGUCUGCUUUGAAGAUCGUUGUGCGCACUGAUCGGGAGAAUUUAAUCAAUUUUACAAUUCGAUUGUGCUCCAUUAUAUCGGGCAUAAUUGUUAUAUCGGGUAUAUUAAACUUUAUCUUGGUUUCUGUACAAAAAACACUCCUGAGAAUUUUUGCUCCUCAGCUAUUGAAAAAGAGAUUGAAGGAAUCUCCGGAAAGUACACCUUCGGCUAAGCCAAAUAACGUAAAUGAUUCUACGCCAACACCUCAGCUAAUAGUUAAUAGUAAUAAUUUGAUCUAUACGGCAAAUACCAUGUCUACCCAAGUGACACCACUUAUCCCAACAACACAAAAUGAAAAAAAUAAUGGUUGAAUUUAUUUAAAUUAGAAAAAAAAAAAAAAAAACAUUCCAAAGAAUCUCCUGUUAAAUAUCUUAAUAAAAACAUUUGUACUUUUAUACCAUAUACAAUACAUUUCUUAACUAA